AUUCUAGUGAAGCAGCUUUCCUCAGUUGGUACCCACACUGUGGUGGGAUUUUUCAGACAUGCAGCUGUCUAAGAUCCAACCACACCCCUCAGGCACACUUCUGCUGCUGCUGUCAAACUUGCUCAUAUGGGAGAAUGCAGCCUCUGUGCCCAGAUUUAUCAUGAAAGAUGGGGAUGACCAGAAGGUCCUCAACUACAUUUUUAACAUGACAAGCACCAUAUCUGAGAACUUCAGCAACCUCUCUUCAGAAACAUUAAAUGACUUUGAUACAGAGUAUGAUCCACAACAGAAAUUCCAGAACAGGCCCACCAUGACUUGUCACACUUCAUCCCGCUCUAUCCCAAAUAACAAAAGGAAGGCUGAAAGAAUGCAGCCUGUGGUGCUUCUGAAUGUGACUAUCAGAAUGCUAGCUGCCUGGAAAAACCUUCCGUACUAUGUAGAAAACAAUAUGGCUGAUCUUGAUGGAACUCCUUAUGCUAUCAUAUCAAAAGUUAAAUUGAUUGAUAGACAAAUCAAAACACUUAUAAAAGAUCUGCAGAACAUUAAGACUAUACUCAUCCAGGUUCAUCUUGAACUUAAGGAAAAUGAGGACUACCCUGCCUGGUCAGGAGAGCCAUAUGUACAGCAAUCAAAAAGAGGCACUCAACUUUUUGGUUUGCAUAGUUUGUUCUUCUGCUUGUACAAUGAUGCACAGAAGAUUUCUGAUUUUGUCAAUAUCCUGAGAGACCAAAUUGUACCUAAUGAGUGAAAAGCUCUCAUCCUUCCUAUCAAUUUCUGGGGCAGUCCAUACUGAUCCAAUCCUUAAAAGAUUCUUUAAGUUUUAUAGUAUUUAAAUGUGUGAUUAAAUGUAAAUGGUUACUUCCUUUUAAAUUUUUAUGUUUAAUUAAAUAUAAUUAUAUCAUUCCUCCUUCCCUCUACCCCCUCCUAGCCACCCUCUGUCCCCUGUUCCACUCUACUCUCUAUAUAAUGAUUUUUUUCUUUUUAUCUAAUUAUAACUUUGCAUGCAUAUAUUGUAUUAUUGCUACAUAUAUGUAUAAAUAAAUGAAUAAAUAU